AUGGCCACCGUUAACAUUCGUCGGGAUGUCACCGAUCCCUUCUACCGUUACAAGAUGGAGAAGCUCCAGUCCAAAAUUGAGGGCAAGGGUAACGGCAUUAAGACCGUCAUCGUCAACCUCAACUCGGUCGCCGGAUCCCUGAGCCGUCCUCCUGCAUACCUGAUCAAGUACUUUGGUUUCGAAUUGGGUGCCCAAGCCAACGCCAAGCCCACCGAUGAGCGUUGGAUCAUCAACGGUGCCCACGAGGCGCCCAAGCUCCAGGACUACCUGGAUGGCUUCAUCUCCAAGUUCGUGCUCUGCAAGAAAUGCAAGAACCCAGAGACCGACGUCAUCAUCAAGGACGAGAAGAUCACCCUCGACUGCAAGGCCUGUGGUCAGCGCAGCGACGUCGACCCUCGCCUGAAGCUCAGCACUUUCAUUGUCCGCAACAACCCCAAAGGUGGCAAGAAGGACAAGAAGGACAAAAAGGCUCGCCGUGAGGCCAAGAAGGAGAAAUCCGCCACCAACGGUGAGGAUGCUAGCCCCGGCGACAGCAAUGGCUCCGAGAACGGUGACGAGAAUGGCGAUGUCGGUGUCGAGGCCGGCAGCGAUGACGAGCUUACCCGCCGCAUCAACUCCGAGGCCAAGGACAUCGAGAUUGAGAAGGAGAUCAAGGAUGACGACUGGGCUGUCGAUGUGUCUGAAGCUGCCGUCAAGGCUCGCGCCAAGGACCUUCCCGACGACCUCAAGCGCGCCCUCGUCAUUGAGAACGGUGACGACGAGGAGGCCGAUGGUCCCUCUGCCUACGAGCAGCUGGGCAGCUGGAUCGUUGACACCGCUGCCGAGAAGGGCGGCGUGACCAACGUCAGCGACGUCGAGAUCUACAAGAAGGCCCGCGAAUUCGGCAUCGAGACCAAGCACAAGACCGUUGCCGUCCUCGCCCAGAGCAUCUUUGACGACAAGGUCGUGAAGCAGAUCGAGGAUCGCGCCCCUCUGCUCAAGAAGCUGAUCACUUCCGAGCGCCACGAGAAGGCUUUCCUUGGUGGUACUGAGCGUUUCGUUGGUCAGGACCGCCCUGCCCUUGUCUCGCAGACUCCCGCCAUCCUGCUCGGCUACUACCAGAACGACCUUGUGUCUGAGGAAACCUUCAAGGCCUGGGGCGCCAAGGCCAGCAAGAAGUACGUGGACAUCUCCACCAGCAAAAAGAUCCACAAGGCUGCCCAGCCCUUCCUUGAGUGGCUGGAGAAUGCCGAGAGUGACUCUGAGGAGGAGAGCGAGGACGACGAGUAA